AAACCCACAACAGUAAAAUCAGUCUGUAUAUGCAGUAAAGCAUGCUUGUUAUACUCACUGUGGAACCUAAGCAGUUAUCAUGUAAAAACACUGUUUGAUUCUGUCUUCUUUGAUCCUCCCCUUCUUCCAGUGCCCCCCUCUUGUCUCCUGAUAAGACAUAUCGUGUGGAGUCACUCUGCACAUGCUCAAUUUAGUGUGUAUUGCUAGAGAGGGUUUUUUUUUCUUGGGAGAGUGCAUGUGAUCAGCACAGGGCCAAUCAGCACUGUCCAAACAGAGGGUCAGGGGAUGCAAAUCCUCCUAGAGCAGAAAGAAAACUCCUCCUAUAAGCUUUAACCAGUGUUCUGCUGAAGUCACAAGACUGCUCUAACUGCUGAUGAGAAAAGGUAUUUAGCAGUUUAGGUUUGCUAAAAUAAUUGCAUUUCCAUGUUGUGUGUACUGUGGGAGACCAGAUAUAGUGAAU